AUGUCCAUUGCCCGCACCACCGCCGCGCUCUCCUGCGCUCGCCACCGCCCUCUCCCUCGCGCGCGUCUCUGCCGCCUCUCCUAUCCUUGCGCAUUAUCUUGGCGUCUUCCUUGGAGGAGGUUGAGAACAUGGAGGGAGUCGCUGCGGUUCUCUCUCCAUCCAGCAUCAAGAACGCGUCGCUCUCUCCGUCAGAGUACGAAGGUGCUGGCCAACUACCUGGAGGGCACCAUCGCGCUGCGGGAACUCAUCCAGAAUGCGGACAACGCUGGCCCCUCCCACGUCCACUUCUGCCUCGACCGCCCCACCCAUGGGUACCGCUCCCUGCUCGCCCAGACCCUCGCCCGGUGUCAGGGCACAACGAGGCUGGCUCACAACGACACCGUCCUCACCGAUGACGACUUCGCCAGCAUCUCCUGCAUCGGGGACAGCAAGUUCGUCUCCCAGGCAUGGAAGACCAUACGAUUUGGGUAUUGGUUCCUCCCAACUAUCUCCCAGUACGUAGUCAUUGCCAAUCUUGCUUCGCGCUGUAAUUUGCAAUCUAAGCUCUACUACUGAAACUUCUACUGAUAAUGUUCAUUACUCUAGUUUUACAACUCAGGGUAAAUGGGUAAUGUGUUUAGCAAGUGAUACUA